AUGUCAGCCUGGGCGCCCCACUUCGCCGCCCUCCAUCCCGCGGGCCCGCCGGGGCCCGACCGCGGCCCUCCCGGCCCGGCGCCGCCGCCCGUGCCUCCCGCGCGCCUCCCCGUGCCCGAGCGUCUCGUGCCCGAGAUCCGCCACCUCCGCCAGCCGGCGUCCCGCGCAGCUCGCCGGCGACCCCGCGCCACCUCGUCGCGGCUCCGUCAGCCGCCGUCGCCCGCCUCCACCGGCGCCGCCGCACCGCCGCCGUCCACCGCGCUCGUCACCCCCGACCUCGCCGGAUUCUUAACAUGA